AUGGCAAUCCCGUUAGACGACUUGUUUACAUUUCCUUUCACAUUUGAUCCGAGUAAUAUACGUAGACCAGAGUCCAAGAUUUGUGUGGUUUCCAUAUUUGGGAAGAGCCGGCACAACCCCUUCUGCUCUAAGGCUUCUCUGUUAAACCCAGUUAUUGACAGAGACAUUUUCCAGGGCACAGAUGGAUUUUUGAAGCGCCAAAUUGAAGAUGGAAAUUUAGAGUGCUACUAUGAUUCAGAUUCAAAAGUUGUGUACAUGCAUUUGCUCUCCUGCUAUGACAUCAGUAUAUUGGCAGACAAGUGUCAGAAGUUUGCCGAGAAUGCCAGUGCUCAGGAAUUUUACACAUGGUGCCAGGAAGAGGAUCUAAGGCAUGCCAAAGCUCUUCUGCUUUUGUUUACCUUGUCACAUUUGGUUCUACUGUAUCACCCGGGAAGUACUUUUGAUCUGAGCUACCUCAAACUGUUUCGGAUUUUGGAUACCCUCAGAUCAAAGCUCCAACAUCACAUGAGUGAAGUCUUAAAAACCGUCCCCGGUGUUUCCAAGGAAUGGGCUAGUUUCGGUCGAGUCUGCACUCCUCGUAUGUUGCUGUUCUUUGAGAGCCCAGCCAUUGACAUCCAGCCUGAGGAGCCUGAUUGUGCAUUCCCAAAGACAACUAAGAAACCCACUCCGAUGAAGAAGUUACAGUUGAGCAUGGAGGACAUGAUCUACAGAGUGUUACGGAAGAACAGAGCUAUCACCAACAUCUCGAACAAUUCAUUGUUUUCAUUGCCCAACAACCAGCAGUUUGUUUAUCUCCUUUCAAAACGAGCAGAAGUCUCGGACCCAGUAGAUUUCUUCAUGUCUUUGAUGAGGCAGACAUGUUUCCCACAGCCUGAAGAAUCCCUGUCCAUCAACCAGAAACCCAAAUCUUACAGUGCCAACCGCAGGAAAGUCAAUCCACCAGUACCCGAGGUUCUUCCACUGUCUGCCACUUCAGUUCUCCCAUCCGUACCUCUGUCGUCAUCAUCAGCAUCUUCAUCAACAGUGACCUGCAGGCAAGAACAGAGUGUUAAGGAGUUCCUCUGGCAGAACAUUGAGAUGGUGUUUGCCAUGUCGAUCAAUGAUAAUGUUGGUUGGCAUGGAAACGAGCCAAUUUUUGAGGGAAAAAUGGAAGGAAAGAUGGAAGAUGUUAAAGGACGUGAAUCUUUUUCUCUCCGCUGUGGGAAAAUUCUACCUCUGGCUGAGAAUGUCUACCAGCAGGAUUUGCCUCCUUUCUACGUGACAUCAUUUCACCUCAGCCGGCUGGACAAAGCCCAGAGACUGUUUGCCCAGUACGCUAGAGGACCAGCCUAUGACAAGUACCUAGCAGAGCUGCAGGCUUCCUGUGAAACUUACUGGAAGGCAGGCAGGCAGAAGUGUGAAGCCAAGUCUAUCACUGGCAACUUCUGUACUCUCAAGGUUCACCUGUUGCCCACAGAGAUUCCAUCCAGCAUCGAGGACAGCAAGAAGCCAGUAGCAGAACAUUCCAGUGAAGUCAAGUCCAGAGCUGCCUGUAACUGUGGUCGUGUCCAGGCAGAUAAGGAUGAUCCUUUUGAUCAUAAGAGUGCUAACUUGGACUUCUACCAAGCUAUAGAGGAGACCUGCUGCAGCCGACUGGAGCACAUUGCCAUGCCUGUGUUUGUUCCCACGACACCUGAUGCCCGGGCUGCCACAAUUGCCCCGGCGUUUGUCCCACAGCAACAGCUUCCACAGCCACAACAGCAGACUCAGGAGAACACAAACAAAGAUAUUGAUAAACAGGAUACAUUUUUGGCUUUGUCAGAUUUGAGUUUUGUUCUUAGUUUGG